GUCCCCAAAACCCGGAAAAUGAUGAGCACCACUUCAAACAACCACUGUGACACGUCCACGGAGGAGGACUGCGCCAUUUGUCUGGACAGAAUUCACCAGAAGAAAACCUUAACAUGUCUGCACUCCUUCUGUUUGGAGUGUAUCGACUCUGUUUUCAAGUUGAAACCCGCCUGUCCGAUAUGCUACACUUACCACGGAGUGUACACGGGCACGCAGCCGGAAGGGACGAUGACGGUGAGGCGCAGCCCGCAAAGCCUGCCGGGAUAUGAGCACUGCGGGACCAUCACCAUCGACUACCACUUCACAGCAGGGAUACAAGGGCCUGAACACCCAAACCCAGGGGUGUGGUACAGCCCCACCAGACGCACAGCUUUCCUGCCAGCAUGUCAAGAGGGAGAGAAAGUCCUGAAGCUGCUGAGAAAAGCCUUUGACAGAAAACUCAUCUUUACCGUUGGGCGAUCUGUCACCACGGGCCUCAACAAUGUCAUCACCUGGAAUGACAUUCAUCACAAGACCAGCAGGACAGGAGGUCCACAACGUUUCGGGUAUCCAGACCCAGAAUACUUAUUUAGGGUUCAAGAAGAGCUUCGCCUAAAGGGAGUUACAGAAGAUGACUGAUGGAAGACGCCCUUCAAAAACUCCAUGAAAAUAACUUUUAAUACUAUGUAUUGUACCAAGGUACUAAGGUUCUUUAUUUAAGUUUGCACUUUUUGCAGCAUCUCUGACACUGGCAGAUGUUUGUGAUUGUUUCCAAAGAGUUUGCACCUUUCUGCAGAAUAUGCAGAUAGAUAACUUGUAUUCAGUCAAAUUUACCAAGAAACGAGGAGUAAGACGAUAAGUGAAAGAGACUGUUAUAGUGGUCAGUAUGUUUAAAUAAUACAGUUAUGUCAUAGUUGCUUUUGCCAUGUCUUAUUUUGGACCAGUUUAGUUCUCAGGGGCAGAACAGGGUUACACUAAGCAACAACAAUGCAGCAGGUAAAACAGGUUCAUGAGUCCAGUGGGUUGACAGUCAUUGACAGUCAGGGCAAAACAUUCUCAGUAGGUGUCCUUUAAAUAUACUGUGCCUAUUGAUGGCUACAUCUGCUGCGCAUGGAUAAAAAA